CAUUAGUCACUAUAUCGCGUAAAGUAAAGUAUAAGAUAGAUACGUUGACCGGUAGUGGAUGAUAAUUAAUAAAAAUGUUUCAGCUGAUAUACAUCAAUUCGUACACAUAUGUUAUAUAAAUAAGUGAGCAAUAUUAUGUUGGUGUUCAUUUAUUGGGUACGUCUGAGAGUUUUGAGAUAUCAAAAUACAUUGCGCUGCGUGCUUUCAGAAUAAGAAAAAAGAAAGAAAGAAAAUAAGUAAUAUAAAAUACUAUAUCGGUUCGUUCGGUGAAUGUGUUGUUUAUUCUCGCUGGUUUUAAAGUUCGCUUAUUUAUUAUCCCUUUUUUCGUAUGUGCCAAUUGGAUACAUAUAAAUUGUUUGGGUUUUUUUUUUAUUUCGCUGGUUAAAAAACAAAUUUUGUACAUCAAUCCCCAGUUCAUUGAAUGUAAUCAUUGGGAUCGCAUGCAUUCAGUACCAAUUUAAUUGGAAUAUUGUGGCAAAAGAAAAAAGUCGUUAAAUCUUAUUGAUACUUCUCUCUGCUGUUUUUUUUAUGUUAAAUAAAAAUACACGCUUUACAAAUCAGUGUAAUUCAACCAACUAAAAAAUAAAAAAAAAGUUCGUUAACGAACAAAAAUUUUAUAAGAAUAUUCGUCGACAAUAAAAAUUGAAAUAAUAAAAAAAAACUUUUUUUUUUAACAUUGUGUGAUCAUGAAGGGGCUAAAUAAAAAUUGUGCAUUUGGAUUUAUCCAAAAUUAAUUGGUCCGAACAUACUUGUUGAUAUUUAUUUAAAGACGGAGCCGACGACGGUUGUCAACAGCGUAAUUGUUGAAACGGAGCGGAGAAACAGUUUUGUGAAUAUAAAAUGCUCCUAAGACUUGUGACUUUUAGCAUAUUCAACAAAAGUCUUUCGUUGGUGUGACAGUGAAUUUUAUUUUACUCUGCACUCAGAGCAUAUUGAAAAGAAGAUAAAAGAAAAGUUAAAAAAAAAAUAAUUUUAUUUUUUAAAUAAAUUUAAUUAAUUAAUUAAAACGAAAUAUAAUUUUUUUGUUUCUGUGAAACGGUCUAAAAUAUUAGAAUUUUUCUUUUGUGAUAAAUUAUUUAAUUAUUUUAUUUUAAUUUAUUUCAUCGUUUCGAAUUUAAUUAACGGAAUCUAAUCCCAACCAAACAAAUCAAAACAAAAUGAAUAAAUACUUAAUCAUAUCAAUUGUGAUACCAGUGGCCCUGCUCAGCCAACACUACAUAUCAGUUUGUUCAAUGUCAAUCGAACCGAAUAAAAUCGAAACACACCAUCAUAGGCGACACCACAAACACUCGCCAAACAUGUGGAAAAUAUUGGGUCAAACUGUUAAUACGGAGCAAAAUGAGGACGAUGAUAAUCAUCACAGUAAUCAUCACGACAAAUUCAACGAAAAUGGAAACGGACACGUUACGAAAGUUCCAUCGAAUUGUCCGAAAUGCCAAAAUCGUCCAGAAAUUCGAAUGACUGAAGAAGAACUGACCGAACUUCGGAUCGAAUAUGUGAAAAAUCAAAUUUUGAAAAAAUUGAAAUUAACGGAACGUCCCCAAGUGUCAGUUUCGCUAAGCAGUGGUCUGCCGAAACCAGUGGCAGAAGGGGCCACAUUUCUCAGUGAUUCCGAUGACGAUUCGAUAACAGGCAUCCCAGAUGAAUUUUACGGCAAAACAACACAGAAAAUCAUUUUCCCUCAAUUAGACAGUGAACAUUGUCGUGACUUGGAUGAAAUCGGAUCGUCAAUGUGUUUUUCCAUUCAAAUACCGGCUGACAUUGACCACAAUGAUGUGGAAAGUGCAGAGUUGUGGGUAUACAAAGAGCCACAUGUCAUGGAUACAAAUAAGCAUUCCUUUUUGAUUGGCGAAGUGGAAACAUGGGACUCGAAAGAUAUUUACACACAAAAACCGUUUGCCAUACAAGAGACCAAUGUUACAGAAGAAUGGGUGAAAAUUGAUAUAGCAUGGAAAAUAAAAAAUUGGAUUGAAGAGAACGAUUUGGAGCAUGUGAUUGAUAUCUCAUGUAAUACAUGUGAAAAGCACCCAUCAAUGGAUAUGCUAUCGUUGGACCAAGGCUACAGACCUUUUAUUGUGAUAAACACGCAUCCCAGUCGCAAAAUAAAACGACAGCGUAGAAGCGUAAACUGUUCGCCAGGUGUGACUGAAUGUUGUCGGGAAAAAUUGUACAUUUCAUUCGAGGAGAUUGGCUGGGAUGAUUGGAUAUUGUAUCCGCCCGGUUAUCAUGCAUAUUUUUGUCGUGGAUCGUGUGGAUCGGCAGCUGCUAUAACACUAAGUGGAUCGUAUUACAAUUCGGUCAUUAGGAAAUUUAUGAUUCAACGCAACAAUUCAAAGAGCAAAAGUUUGGAAUUGAUACCUUGCUGCACUGCCACUCAAUUUUCGUCAUUACAGUUAGCGUAUAUGGAGAGUAAUAACAGUGCAACACAAAAAACAUUGCCCAACAUGGUGGUUGAAGCUUGCGGUUGCAUGUGAUGAAAUAAUAAUGUACGGACAAGAGAGUGUGUUACUCUUUUUAUAUUCCGUUCGAAAAUAUAGAAUUUCAUUGGAGCAUUUCAUACAUGUGAAAUGAGAUUAUUAUGGCGCUAAUGAUGACGGAAAAGAGGUCGGCUAAAAGCUAAUUAAAGCGGAUAACAGUAUUUAUGUUAAGGGGUGUUAGACGUGAAAAAUAUGAAACACUCUCUCUCUAUAUUGUGUUUUAUUGUAAACAAAUUUUAUAAGGCUAAAGAUUAAGUGUUUAUACAUAGCUGAGCUGAAAAGCUUUUAAAUGUACUUACGGAUGUAGAAUUGUAUUUCGAAGAAGAAAAAAUGAAGCGAAAUGAAAUAAGACGAGAAUAAAGAAUUUUAAAUGCGACCCUAAUUGAAA